GUGCCUCCGCCGCGCUCGACAGCCCCCUGCACACGACGGCUGCGGCGCGCAUGCGGUCUCGCCCUCGUCGCCUCGUCUCAAGGCCCAGGAGCCUGAUGUGACCGGGCUGCAGCACAGCAUGCUCUGCACGCCGUCUCUGCUGCACCCCACGCGCGCGCACAGGAUCGGGAAUGGACAGCGGUCCGCCGUCGCCCCUUCGCGGGCAGUGGGCAGCAUGACAUGCCUGCCUCCGAGCGCGGGCGGGGCUUGGCGAGCUCAUAAGAGCCAGCACCCGUCGCCAAGUCUGCUCUCUCCACGCAUUCAGUCCUCUCUGCCUCUCUCUCCGUCUUCGUCUUCUCCCUCUCUCGGUCCCGCGCUCCCACCUUCUACGCCCACACGGCACUCCACACUCCCUCACUCUCGCAAGCCAUGCAGCUCUUCCGUCUCUCCCUGCUCGCCAGCCUGCUGGCUCUUGCCGCGGCCCAAGUACCGGCCGGCAUGCCCGUCGACGUGCCUGCCGGUGUGCCCGCCGGCCUGCCUCGCGGCAGCAACGGCGCCGCGCGCAAGGCAGCCCUCGCCGAGCAGGCGCUGCGCCCCGCCGUUGCCGCCGCCACGCCUGCUGCGGCACUGCCGGUGCGCCGGCAAGGCCAGGGCUGGAACUGGUCCUCGGGCGGCGACGACGACGACGACGACGACAGCUCGUCGUACAACGGCAACGGCUACAACGGCAACAACAACAACAACGGCGAUGACGACGACGAUGAUGACAACAGCAGCAUGCGCUGGCGCACUCAGGACCCAGCGACGCGCAGCCGCACUUACACCAACAAGCAGGGCUACCCAACAUCGACGGGCGUGCCGCAGAUCAUCUACGACGACGAGGGCCACCGCUACCGGCACGACGGCGCCCUCUCGCUCGGCUCGUCGCUCGGCCUCACGCUCGGCGCGGGUGCACUCGUCGGUGCUGCCAUGCUGCUCUGA